AGUCAUUGUGAAAGUGUCAUGGGAAGAGCUGCACCAGCAUGUAGCACUCCGCGCGAACCAUGAGUGCGUUCAAGUUCUCCAAGUUGGAUUGUUUCCUCACUUAUGUGGGCCUGGCAUUUCUUUUGUUGGACAUUGGGCUGGACAUAUGGACUGCGGUGUCGCUCUACCAGGAAGAGGAUUAUGUUUAUCUCGGCAUCCUGAUAUUUGUCCUCUUGGGCUCGUCGAUGCUUGCUCAAGCCUACAGCUGGCUGUGGUAUACUUAUGACGACUUUGUGCGGCUGACAAAGGUUGAGAGGUGUCUCAGUCCGAGGCAGCUGAAGGCCGUGCAUUUUUUGCAGCUGGGAGUCUACUUCAGGCAUGCUGGUGUUGUGGAGAUCACAUCGUGCGGAUGCAUUACAAAAACCCAAGACCCAGUUGACGCUGCGGUGUUCCUGACUCAUGAUCUCAGCAUGCUGCGGCUCUUUGAGGCUUUUUCAGAGAGUGCGCCGCAACUGGUUCUCAUGCUCACCAUCAUGCUGCAGCGGGGCCAACUGGAUCCUCUGACAGUCUUGAAAGCCUUGGGCUCGGCUUCAGCCAUUGCCUUCAGCGUGACGACGUACCACCGCUCCCUUCGCUCCUUCCUGCCCGACAAAGAAGAACAACGCAUCGCUUCGUCGCUCAUCUACUUCGUCUGGAACCUCCUUCUGAUUUUCUCCCGGCUGGCGGCCGUCGCCCUCUUCGCCUCCAUCCUGCCCUGCUUUGUCUUCACCCACUUCAUUUGCUCCUGGAUGAUUCUCUUCUUCUGCGCUUGGCGCUGCAAGACGACGUUCAUGGACAGCCCAGGUGGGGAGUGGCUCUACCAGGCCACUGUGGCCGUCAUUUGGUAUUUUGACUGGUUCAACGUGGUGGAAGAGAGGACUAGAUACAAGACGACGUUGUAUCACGGCUUCAUUCUUCUUGAUAUUUCCCUUAUAUGUGGCUUGUGGUGCUGGAGGAUGCACACACAACCCCCUUCUUUUAAAAUCCCCCUCCUGUAUGCCUGCAUCAUUGCCUUCAGUGUGGUUGCAUUUUACAUCUUUGGCCUUAUACUCAAAAUAAUCUAUUACAAGUGCUUUCAUCCGAACCUCACGAAAAAGGAGCUGAGGGGAGAUUCCACAAGCGCUUCAGAGAAGGCGGUCAUGUUCUCAGCCAGUAGUGCGGUGGUGGAGGACAGAGUUCACCACAUUAGCGAUCGAAGUUACACAAUUGAAGAUGUAGUGGACGGCGCCGUGUCACAAGCUGACACCAGAGUUUCCAAUAAAAGAAUGAGGAAGCUGGCUGAGAAUUUCUACUCAUGACACAAACAUUUGACAUGCACAUGGAUGACCGACGCACAGAUGUACUGCAUGUCACGAGGGAGCAGUUCUCCAAUCUCUACGAGGAGCAAUUGACCGUUCGUUCAACGAACUGUUAAGAGUGUCAUUGUUAUCCUCUAUAUUGAAAAGACGAUGUGUAGACCACACUUUUAUCUAAAAGGCACAGUACAGUAUUCAAAGGGUAAGACCUGACUGUUCAAAAUUGAAGGAAACUACAGCAUUUGAAUGCAUUACUUGGUCACGUGCACAAUUGAAUGACAUCCGAUAAAUCUGCCAACACAAAGAUAAUGCUUACUUUAGGUUGGCACCGCCAAGAAAAAAUAAUUUAACAAUGUGAUUAUCGUUGUAGUUUACGGUGUGAACUUGGGGUGGACGAUCAAUUGGCAUUUAAUUAUGAUCUCGGCUUCGGCUCUGUCGAUCUUUAAAGCGUUCUCAUCGAAGACAAACGAUUAUUGGACAGAACGGCGUAGUGCGUGUACAAGUUCCCGACGUUAUGAAAGUACCCUGAAUACACCAUGUUGCUUGAUUGGCAAGCGUUUAGCCGAGCGUGUGACUCUGCUGUCUUUAAGCGUCCUUAAGGCAGUUUAUUGAUACAGUCGUUGGAGUUUAGAUUACAAUUUAACACACAAGAGGAAUUAGACCAUUGUAUAUUCAAAUUCAAAAUAUUCUUCGUAUUUGAAACAUCGCAAGCUCAAAUGCUAAAGUUAAUGCAGUAUUCCAUUCAAAUGCUAACAGGAAAUUAGCAUCGCCUUCGGGAGUGACAGUCCUUCAAAAACGAAUAUUCACCCCCAAACGCUGUGGAAACACAGCCACACAGGUAAGAUAACACUACUCCAAUCACAAAUUCUUCCUAAUUUGUGACAAAAUGAGUUAUAGUAACUGAGUUUAAUCUUGCGUUGCCACAUUUCAGAUCUGGAAAUAAGGGACACUCCUCAUGGCGUCUCGGCAAAACCACGCGGGGCGAAAGAAAUUUGAAGGUUUGUCUCCCCAAACAACCCUGAAAUGCAAAAAAUCGUAUGUAUUUUUAUUUGGAAAGAAAUGCUUUUAUUUAACUGACAUUAUUUAAUAUGUCACAUUAGCCUCUGGGCCCAGGGUUCACUUGGUCGUCAGUAUGGAAGAAAUCAAGAAAGCACUGAGACGUACUUAAAGAUGAAAGUGCUUCAUUAGCAAUGAACAUUGUUUUUUUUUACCCUUAUAGACUGAAGUAGCCUGAACCUGAGUAUAGCCUAUAGGCUAUUAAAAAGUGUUGUAAACGAAGCAAAACCUGUUCUUUAUUUUGUUCAUUAUUGUGAAAUUCAGUGUUCACGUUUGUGUGUGACAGACGCAUGGGACAAUUAGGAAAAUACGGAACAAAACGCGCAACAUGAUUCGUAUUUUACGGGACGGGUGACAACCUGAGUUUAAUCGCAACUUUCUUCUGUUCUCAUUCUACGUGUGUAGUCCAUCCAUGAACGGCACCGCACUGCCCCUAAGAGGCCAAAACGAGCAUGAACAGCCGGGAAUUGUUCAGUUGUUAUCACAGUAUUUUGUAUUUUACUUUCUUACUCAUUACCGUAAUUGUAUUUAUAGCUAUUUAUAUUUAUAGUUUUAUCGAAAGUUGAGUUUUCAAAGAUUCAAGGGAUUAUCCUCUCCUCAAAAUUCAAGCAUACAAAAAUCAAAUUACUGUUGUUGUUGUUGUACCAACAUGUAUUUCUAAUUUCCUCAUGACAUGCUAUGAAAUACAAUCUCCCAUCUCCCAGGUUAGCCCACUAAGUCCCAAGUCUUGUGAAAGCAACACAGGGCAAAUGUCUGCAAAGAUGCAAGGAAACAGUUCAGUUUUACACAGAAAGCUACAAUAAUAAACAGUUUCUUUCUCACAAUGUCAAUCCAAACCGAGUAUUAAAUUUCUAAAAGCACUUUUUGAUUCAGCUCUUGAAUUGGAUGUAAUUAAAUUGUGUAAGCAUGUUUAAUGGUGUCUCAAACAAAAAGCACAGCAAUAAAAGGCUGCAAUUAGUUUCCAGUUCACUCAUUGUAUCAAACCCUCAGGACUUAACUAUGAGAAUAACUACAAUCACAGAUAGCGUCACUUUAUGAACAAUACAUCAAUAU